AGGGAGGAUUUGCUUAUAAAUUUGGAUAACCAAAGAAAUAUGAUUGAUGUCAUACUAUUUCACUUAUUCCAUCUUGAUUAAAGCUAAAGUCCAAGCAAAUGACAUUGAGGCUUCGUGUGACUCGACUUCGUUUGAGACCCUGGCCACUACUUUCUUUGGAAUAAAAAAAAAAAAUAGUAAUACUCACUUUUCUCUUAUAGAAAUGAAGAAUUCGACUAUUGCUAUAGCUACUGUCACCGGUAUCCUUACUGUUGGUAUUGGAUACAUGUUCUAUUUUGAUUACAAGAGACGCAAUGACCCUCAAUUUAGAAAACAAUUAAAGCGUGAACGUAAGCAAGCAGCUAAAGCAGCCAAGGAAGCAGAGAAUGAGUCAAAGGAAUCUAAACUGAAGUUAUUUGAAAGAGUCAUUGUCGAAUCUGCUCGAGAAAGUUAUCCAACAACACCUGAAGCUAAAGAAAAGUACUUUAUGGAACAAGUAACAGUUGGAGAGACAUUGUGUGGACAAGGCCCUACCUAUUAUGAUGAAGCAGUUUUGCCCUUUUACAAGGCACUCAAGGUAUACCCUGCUCCUGGAGAGCUGCUUACUAUCUAUCAAAAGACUAUCCCUGAACCUGUAUUCCAAACUAUUACUACUAUAUUGGCUAUUGAGGUAUAUGAAAAUGGAUAAUGUAUACAUAUAUAUACUUAUACGUGAUGUGUAGCAAAAGGCAAUGUCAUCCCAACAUACUGAAACUCCCGAAGAAGCUGCUGCUUCAGCCACUGGUAUCGAUGUGGAAUAAAUAACAUAGAGAAGCUCUUGAAAAGUUGUAAAUAAAUCUUAAAGCGCGCAAAAACACAACCACAAACAUAUAAACAUAAAUAUUACUGCUACACGUGAAAGCAUA